AUGGAAGUAUAUGGCAAAAACUGUAUUUGUCCUUCUAAGGAACUGAAAUGGCAACGAAAGAGCAGUGAAUAUAAAAUUGAUUUCCGUCAUAAAUCACUUGAUAUGGUUGCAGCUAGAAAACAAAAGAUAAAGUUAGACAAUGUAUUUGUUAAUUGGUUUUAUAGCAAUAUUUCACCAGACUUGGAAAUAUCAAAGGAUCAACAUGAUGCAAAUGUUUGCAGAAAAUGUAUUAAUAAAUUUGAUUAUUAUAAAAAAA